AUGUCCGACUCACAAUAUGAUUCAGACGGCACGGAGAACCGCCGUAAAAGAAUCCCCCAAGCCUGCCUCAACUGCAGAAGGAAAAAGGUCCGCUGCACUGGAGAAAAGCCGACUUGCGGUUUCUGUGCACGACUUUCACAGAGAUGCCUUGCAUUAUCAACUGGCGAUGAAGAGGUGAUUGGUGCUAGCAUGCACACUAUCACGGAGAGGUUCGCUAUUCUCGAGAACCAAAUCUCGACAUUACAAAGCACAAUCGAAAAACUACUGCCGCUUGUUGAAAACCGGAGUGCAGAGUCCACCAGGCGCUCUCUCGACCAAGUCAAUACUCCAGCAACAGCCAUACUUCAAACACCCUCGACAAUCCAAUCACAGGCAUCUGAUCGUCCCCAAUUACAGGCACUUAUUUAUGCAGCAGAUAUUUACUUCUGCUUCUGCCAUAGUCAACCCUACUCUCUUUUCCAUGAACCGACCUUCCGCCAACGUUUAGCAGACAACUCACUUCCCUCGUAUCUACUAUGGGCUUUUCUAUCAGCAGCAAGGCGCUACUCGACUUUCCCAGUCGCUCCACUCAAUUGUGCCGAUGAUGCAUCAGCCUAUGCCGCCAAAGCUUGGGAAUGCAUAGAACUUCCUUGGAGUGGUUCGGAUUCUCCGGAAAAGAUCUUGACUGUCAUUCAGACCAUCAUCUUGAUCGUGAGCACCGAAGUACCAGCUGGCCACUGUACUCAAGCUCAUAUGAAGCUUGGCUUUGCCGUUCGCCUUGCACAGAACAACAAGCUGAAUCUGGAGCCUGACGCCUCGAAAACAGUCUUUGAACGUGAAGAGCUUAGGCGAACCUUUUGGUCACUGUUCCUCAUCGACAAGCUGAUCAGCCUUUCACGUGGCCGUUUUUGCGCAAUCAGGGAUGAAGAGUGUAAAUUAUCUCUUCCGUGCUCUGAAAAGGCUUUUCGAGAGGGCAUAGCAGAGCAUACGCCAACGCUUGAAGAAUUGACCCGAGAUUGCGUGGAUCAAGAAGCGGUAGAUGGAUGUUGCCCACUGGGACUCAUCGUAGUCAUGGUGUCGAUCCUCGGCCGUGUUUCUCACUAUGUGCUGCAUGACACCCAGACUCCACAAGUUGCCUGGUCUUCUACGUCUCCCUACGCCACUUUAUCAUCUACCCUUCUUCAAGCCGAGCAUUACUUUGCAAUGGAUGAAGACACCAUGGACAGCCUCAAGAAACGAUGCACCAUUGACGGAAACCUCGAUCAGCACCUCGCCGGGUCAUUCAUCUUCGCCAAGGCCAUGUUCCACCUGUCGCAAUGCCUACUCUAUCACCCCUUUUUAAUCCAACAGCACCUGCAGUCAGGCAAACAAAAAGCACCUUCUAUUUUCAUGAAAGAGGCAUGGGAAAAAUGCAGAACACAUGCCGAGAGUAUCACAAAACUUAUGGAAAUGAAGACUCAGAAUGUUUUAGUUCUGACAUCGAUGUAUGGGUAUUGCAUCAUGGUGGCUGGGACGAUCCAUGCCCUAUCGAUGAACGACGAAAGAGAAAAUGUUAGAAAUGAGAGCAAAGAACAUUAUAGUGCUUCGAUUGAGUCUCUACAGGACUUAUCGCGCUACUGGCCACACGCAGCGUUGAUGGUCAAAAGAUUAGAGCGAUUCCACAAUCAGUGCGAAACACGUGGGCAAGAACUCUCACCAUGUAAUUCGAACGUGGAGCGGCCGGCUGGACAUGUUAAAGCUCUGUGGCAGAGCGUCGACUACACAUCGCUGUCAACCCCGACAAGGCCUGGAAGUCCAACGCCAGCAGCACAGACAACAAGCCAAGACGAUUGGGCGCUUUCGGGGGAUAUGUUUGACUUUACUGGCUUUGGUGGGUUUGCUGAGGGUGUAGAUAUCUUCAGUAUAUCGCUUGUUGAUGGGGAUAUGACGUUGGAUGGUGAGAUGCCAGCGAUAGGUGCUUGAAUAGUACAUUAGAAUAUCUUGGUGCAAAGUCUUGAA